AUUAGAUUAUACAUUAGGCUCAGGCGCCAUGCGCCGCUGGGCGUCCUUGGGAAGACGAGCACUUCCCUUUUUUGCUGGAGGGGUAGCAGUUUCGUUUCGCUUCUACCAGAGCAGUGUGAACGAAUGCCAAGAGCCUGGGAAGAAGAGGAAACUGACCGUGGCAGAAAUGCUUGCUCUCAAGGUGCGGUCCUUUGCCAGAAAGAGGGUCAGCGCCAGCUGGUCCUCACCACCGCCUUUGACGAGUGGACAGCGCGCGCCGCCGAGGAGGCUGGUGUGGACAUGAUCGUGGCUUGGGGCAGCUGUCAGGAGCACAGCAAGUUCGUGGUGGAGGCCGUCCGACGUGGGGCACCCAACACCUUGAUCGGCACCGGGAUCAACCCUGGCGCCUAUGAAAGUCAAGAGAAGGCCUUGAAGCUGGCCAAUGAGAUGCGAGCUGCAGGAACGGACAUUAUCUACUGCUCCGGCCUGGUUCCAGAGAAGUUUGCCGGCUUGGCGAGGCAACACGUCCCUUGCUGUGGGCAUGUUGGCUACUUGCCGGUGAACAACACCUGGUACGGCGGACCAAGAGGUGUUGGGAAGACGGCGGAGGAGGCGAAGAAGGUCUACGACGAUGUGAUGGCACUGGAGGCAGCUGGUUGCAUCGCGGUGGAGAUGGAAUGCGUGCCAGCCAAGGUGGCGGAGGAGAUCACCAAGCGCACCAAAUUGUUGGUCUUUUCCAUGGGAAGUGGCCCCAACUGCGAUGGGCAGUUCAUCUUCUCUGAGGACCUGAUGGGAACCAACCUGGGUCGUUAUCCUCGACAUUCCAUCACCUACGCCAACCUCUUCACUUGUGCGGUUGACGCGCUGAAGCAGUUCUGCCUGGACGUCCAAAGCGGCGCCUACCCUCAGGCAAGACAUUGCAUCAAAAUCAAUGACCAGGAGUUUGCACGCUUUCAGCAGAGCUUGGCUUCAUCGCCCACCAGACUUGACAGAGUACUCGACAGUGCUCCCAAGUCUUUGGACCAGUAUGACCACUUCUGAAGCGACGCUCUUCCUGCGGAUCCACGAGACAAUUUGCCAGC